CUUUGUUCAUUACCCAUCCAUCACGCGAAACAAAGUUCCCAUCGCGCACCUAAGAAACGCCUACCUUUGCCAUUCUUGUUCCCGCGACCUUCAACACCCUCAUCUCGAGAGACGCCAGCACCAGCAGUGGCUGGCCAUGGCAGAGCUGGGCGGCAUGCUUGCCGCUGCCAUCAUCAAGGUGGUGGCCGAGCAGAUUGGCUCUGCGAUCGGAAGUCAGAUCGUACUGCAGAAGAACUUCAAUGAGGACCUCAAGAAGAUGAAGAUGGCACUGGAGAGCGUUGAUGCCGUGCUCGAGGACGCUGAGAGGCGGUCAAUAACGGAUAAGGUGACGCGUCUGUGGCUGAAGCGGCUUAAGAACUUCAUGUAUGAGAUCUCCGACAUGAUAGAUGAGUUUGAAGCAGACACACAAGCCAUCGCCCGGCCGUCACCGCAGAAAUUUUCCUUCAAAAAAUAUUUGGCAAUAAUUAUGAUCCCUUGUCUCACAAUUGGUCCCAAGAUUACAAUGGCCAAUAAGAUGAAUAAGAUGAGGAAGGGUCUGGAGGUGAUAACAGGUCAGCACAAGGAAUUCAAAUUAACUGAAUGCACUAAUGCCAAUGAGCAAACAGUUACUGAUGUACAGGAAACAUCGUCAAAAUUGGAGAGACACAUCGUUGGGAGGACCAAGGAGAAAGAUAAAAUAUUGGCUUAUUUAUCUGAAAGCAUGAUAAACGAGAUCACUGUCCUUCCAAUAUAUGGCAUUGGAGGCCUUGGCAAGACAACCUUGGCAAAAAUGGUUUACAAUAGUCCCCAAUUCAAAGAAUACUCUCAAGUUUGGGUUUAUGUGUCCCAGACAUUUGAUUUGAAGAAAAUUGGUAACUCUAUAAUAUCACAGCUAUCAGAGAAAAAUAGGGAGAUUGCGUACACUGAAAAGCAGAUGAUAGACAAUUACCUUCAAAAGCUCCUUGCCAAUAAGAAUAUUCUGAUUGUUUUAGAUGACUUGUGGGAAAACAAUAAAUCUCAUUUGGAAGAGUUGUUGGGUAUGUUAAAGGUUGGGGAGAGCGGAAAGGUGGUUGUUGUAGUAACCACACGCUAUGAAGACAUUGCAAAGAAAAUUUGUACUAUUCAACCUCACAAAUUAGCACCACUAAAAGAUGACGAGUGCUGGACUAUCAUAAAGCAAAAGAGUGACUUUGAAUCGAGAUAUGACCAACAAGAGUUGCGGCACAUAGGGAAGGACAUUGCAAGUAAGUGUCGAGGUGUGGCUUUAGCGGCCCAAUCACUUGGACACAUGCUGCAUUCUCUCCCGUUUGACGAAUGGGAGUCGGUGAGAAACAGUGAUUUCUGGAAUUUAUCUGAUUCAGAAGAUACAAGUUUGACACAUGUGCUUCCAUCAUUGAAGUUAAGCUACAGUGUUAUGCCAUCGUAUUUGAAGAUAUGUUUUGCCUACUGUGCGAUUUUUCCAAAAGGUUACAAGAUAGUUAAAGAUGAUCUGAUUCAUCAGUGGAUUUCAAUGGGAUUCAUCAAGGCAGAGAGCAAGUCAUCCACUUGGCAGCUUGGAGAGAAAUGCAUUAGGCAGCUUCUUGGGCUCUCCUUCCUUGAACAUUCAAAGUCAGCACUGACUAUAGGAGUGAAUUUCGAAAAUGAUACAUUGUUCACUAUGCAUGAUUUGGUGCACGAUCUAGCAAGAUUGGUCAUGGCCGACGAAAUACUUGUCUCUAGCAAACAAGGCAACACUAGGGGAAGCUGCUGCCACUUCGCAUUGCUCAAUGAUUGUCGCAAGCCAUUGGAGUCAUCCAAGAUAAGAGCACUCCGUUUUCUAGGUUGUGAAGAAUAUAAACUCCAUGAUGCCGCAUUUUCCUCCGCUAUAUCCUUGCGUGUCUUGGACUUAAGUGAGUGCACUAUACAUAAUUUGGCAUACUGUAUUGGUGAACUGAAGCAACUGAGAUAUCUUAAUGCUCCAAGAAUCCAAGAUGCAAAGAUUCCGGACAGUAUCACCAAGCUCUCAAAAUUAAUUUACCUAAACCUUCAUGGAUCUCCUACAAUGUUAGCACUACCAGAGUCAAUUGGAGAAAUUGAGGGUCUACUGUAUCUUGAUUUGUCAGGUUGUUCUGGAAUUGCAAAACUGCCAGAAUCAUUCAGAAGGCUACAAGAAUUGGUGCAUCUGGAUAUGUCAAAUUGCUCCUCUGUUGGAGGUAUAUCGGUGUUCUUGGAGAGCCUCACACAACUAGAGUAUUUGAACUUAUCAUGCUGCCAAAAUAUUGGAGACAUACCGAAAGCUCUGGGAGGCCUAUACAAACUGCAGUAUUUGAACUUAUCAAACAGCUCCUAUCUUCAAUGUUGUCAAGAAGCAGAAUUUUUGGGUGCCCUCACCAAGCUCGUGUAUUUGAACUUAUCUUCGUGGUAUUGUGAACUUCAAAAGCUCCCUGAAGCUUUGGGCAGAUUCACUCAACUCAAGUACUUAAACUUAUCAGGUUGGCGAGAUUUGACGAAAUUGCCAAGAUUAUUUGGGAGUCUAAAACAUUUGGUGCAUCUUGAUUUAUCACAUUGUUCCAUGAUUGAUCGUCUACAUGAAGCUUUAGUUGGUCUUAUCAAUCUUAAAUACUUGAAUUUAGAAUAUACACGCCUCAAUUUGCUGCCAGAUGAUCUGACCAAACUCCGGUAUUUAAAUCUAUCCAAUCUAAGAAACAUGCAGGAAGAUGCCUUUGACAGUCUCAUCAACCAUAUAUGCAGUAAUCUUUCCGAUCUAGAGUAUUUGGACUUGUCUGCUAAUUAUGAUAUUAAAAGAAUACCUGAAAGUAUUUGUAGCCUCACAAAGUUGCAUACAUUGGACCUCUCGAGAUGCAAUUUGAAGAAGGUACCAGAAAGUAUACAUACAAUUGGUAGUUUCAAGUUUCUUUAUUUAAAGGGAUGUGACCGUUUUUUCAGAAAGCCUCAACUUGGUGGCAGUACAGUAUCAUUACCAAAAUUUAUUGUGCGUGCUGGUGAUGAUGAAUCCGGCAGCAAUCUUGUGCUGCUACAACCCACAUAUCCUGUUGAGCUGCAGAUAAUUAAACUUGAAAACGUGAAGUCUACAGGAGAGGCACAUAAUGUAAGAUUAAUUGAAAAGAAAAGCCUUCAAGACUUGAAUCUGGAGUGGACUCGAGGUGUUAAGAGAUUUGUGGAUGACAAAAUGUUGCUAGAAAAACUAGUUCCACCAAGCACAUUAAGGAAAUUGGAGAUAUGUGCUUAUAAUGGUAUCAGCUUUCCAUCCUGGCUAGCGGGCCAACUACCAAACCUCCAGUUUCUAGUUCUCAGAGAUAUGGCAAACCUUGAAGAGUGGAACACGUCAUACUCCACUAGUGAGGAGCACGUGUUUCAAAAAGUGGAAAUACAUGGUUGUCCCAUGUUAAGGAUGAAACCGCAUCUGCCUAAAUCAAAAUCCUGGGUGAUAGAACACAGUGAUAAUGUGUUGACAUCAUGGGAUGAAUGCACUGUGUCACACACUAGUGCUUCUUCCUCUUCUUCUCCUGUAACUACUUGGUUGUCGGUUCAAUACUGCAAGGUGCCACUGCAUCAGUGGAGGUUGCUUCGACACUUCCUUGGACUACCUUCUUUGUCAAUUCACAACUGCGGUGAUCUAACCGGCUCACCAGAAAUUACCCAACGUCUAUCCUCUGUGGAGACACUAUGCCUAGGAGACAAACACAUGGAAGAACUACCGAAAUGGUUGGGUGAGCUCAAAUCUCUAGAGAAUCUAGAUAUAAUAAGUGGCGAUGGAGUAGCGGAGUUGAAUGAGAACAUGAGGCAACUCACAAAGCUACAAGCACUAGAACUGAACUUGUGCAACAACAUAACACUGCCGCCUUGGUUAGGCGAAUUAACAUCUCUCAAGGAACUUAACAUAGCUCACAAUGGAGUCUUGAGGUCUUUGCCGGCAAGCAUACAACAACUCACCAGGCUCCAGGAAAUACAAAUUAUUAACUGCCCUGCACUAGAGCACGUGGCUGUUGAAUCAGAGGUCGGAAAGAUGAAGCUCAGUCACAACCAAGAAAGGGUAUGUGUCCUGCCCACCUCUCUCAAGCGACUUAGUAUCAGUUAUUGUAAUGGUAUCAAGUCUUUGCCUCAGGGCAUACAUCAACUCACAAACCUCCAAGAACUAGACAUUUCUAACUGCCAUGGACUAGAGCAGUGGUGUGAAUUAGAGGAGAACAAGAUGAAGCUGGCUCACAUAGAAAAGAAGGAAUUUUACUGGGGUUAGUGACCUAGACGGCGUACAUACAGCCACCAAGUUGCAAAGCAAGACCUGUCAGAUUUUGUCCAGAGUAAAGAAAGAAAGAGUUAUGGGAAGCAGUGACAGGUUUGCAAGAUUCAACCGUAUUGAUCAAGCCUCUUGGACCUUCCACAUGAUUGCACAAACGUACGGUUUGGUGUUUCAUGAUCUUAAACAUGUCAUGGACACUCGAUUUGAUCUUAAAUGUAGGGUUUAACACUAUUUCACAAUCACCUUAUCUGCAGCAUGGAACUGGGGUCUUGAGCCCCCAAAUUGAUUUCCAUGGGGGGCCAGGCUGCACGUCAUCAUCCUGUACAAUUGUCCUCGACUGGUGUUACUUGUAAUCCGGGAGAGGAACCGUAUUUUGCAAGGUUACUUGGUGCUAACCAUACCAUGGUCACAUGACAGUAGUACAAUAACAGUGGUCAUCGUCUUACCCGAUUGGUCGGCCAGCAGCUCCGCCUACCAAGCGUCUCCGACGAGGCGCGCGUGGCGUGACCUCAAUCACCCGCAUCCUCUCAUACCGGGGAUGCAUGGAGGAGAUAGAAUUACGGCAGGCCCCCCGCUUGGAGGAAGUGGGCAGCGGAGGAGUAUUCCGGCCGGCCGGCGAGCUGGGCGCCGUGUUCUCUGGGAUUUGGGGAUCGAGCAGUGAAGAGGACGA